AUGACCGGCAUUACGGACAAGAGCUCGGAAGAGAGACACGAAAACGCAUCAAAGGAACAGUUGUAUGAAUCGGCCAAGAAAAUUGCAUCCAAGUUUAGCGUCUUUGACCUGGGCAUCACCUGUAUCCAACGCCAGCCAGAUGGCUCGUACAAGACCGAGUCCUACAGUUUCAUCGUCAGCCCAUACUUGCACACUGAAACGCGAGCUGAUGAAAAAUUCGUCAACGACUUGGACAGGAGCCUUUCUGUUUCGUAUGGCACUCUGAAGUUCCUGCGGAAGGAAGGCAUCCUGUUAGAGAAGAUUUACGACGACUGCGUACCACACCUCAGCCGCAAAGAUGCCCGCCUGGCAAACGAACGUAUGACGCGGCGAAAAGAGCCGUGGGAUGCCAGGGGCCAUGACUAUGACGAGUACGACGAAGGCCUGUAUCCGUUCUGCAUUUACGUCCAUGACACGAUUGUAAAGUGGCAGCACACCUAUCCGUGGGAGCGAGCGGCAGGGAUCAAGAUUCUCCUACCAAACUCCGGAAGCAAGAAGCGUAUGAGUGUCUACAAACAAAUUGUUCGUAAACAGGCUCAGGAGCUUGUUCCACACAUGGGUUGCCGUCUUUGGAACCAUGGAACGACAGUGAUCAUCUCUGAAUUGGAAGAUGAAAGAGAAGCUAGGAGGCGCGAAUCUCUGCGGGACACGCUCAAGGCAUCUCUGAGCAAGUACACAGGAAUUCGACUGGUCAUUGAAGCACUGGCUGGGGGCGAUUUUGCAGACCUGAUUGAUCCCAGCCUUAUCGUCGAUGCCAUGUCUGGCUGGCCUGGUGAAGCACGAGACUUUUGCCGUGAAGUGCAUGAAUUCUUGCAUCUUCUGUCACCAGAGCAAUCAGAAGGAACCCCAGAAGAUGAAGUCGAAGACCACUAUUGCGAAUGGUGUCUUUCAUACCACGAACGUGGCACAGACUGCCCUGGGUCCUCUUUUAGACAGGACCCCGAAAUCGCAUCGCAGACGAACUUGGCCGCCAAAGACGAGUGUCUCUGUGCGCGGAAGCAAAAACCAUCCAGACACCGAGCUAGGGAUACCGAGAUGACGCCUUUGGUGUAUGAUAUUCAUUGCGAACGUUGCUACCCAGAUCUUGGCAGCGGUCUGCCCCGGGCCGAAGAUCGUUCACAUGCCGCGGGUAUCCGAGGAACCAACUCAGGUAGCCACGACACUGAAUCUAGAAACAGCUGGCGUUCCUCAACCAGCUCAGAGGGAGUGGUCAAUGGAGGAAACGAAGAGAGCGACUGUAGUACCUGGGACACUGGAGCUGAGGCAACUGGCUGGGACGAGUCGACUGCCUGGUACAAUUUGUGUCAAAAUCUUGAAGACCUGUCCACGGAAACGCUCGACGAUAGCGUAGCAGACGCUCUCGAGAAGCUGGAAACUCGGCUACAAACGCGCCGGCCUGUCAUUGUCGGACACAACCAAUUCAUGGAUCUUCUGUUCCUUUAUAACACCUUUAUCGACGACCUGCCUGAUACUUGGGAGGACUUUUCGGCAAAGAUACACGAAUUGUUUCCAAGCAUCUUGGACACGAAGUUGUUGGCCAUCGAGGAUGAGGCCAUCGAGGGCGAAGACCCUUUGAAAGAUCUAUACAACAGGUUCGACCGCGAUAGAACACGGCCAAGCGUCUUCUGGGAAGCAGCCUAUGGCUAUGGACGCCAUGGAACAGCCCAUCAGGCUGGCUUCGACAGUUAUAUGACGGCGGUUGUCUUUCUACGAAUCGCCCAUAAACUCGCCCGCGAGGAAAUGGCCAGCCUCGAGGGCCAAGUCACUACCCACAAGAGCAAAGUGAAGAGAUUGUACGACAGGGAGUGGCUGUCAGCGAUUGGAUAUGAUUCACGUCUUCUGGGGUAUCCGCGAGACUUCAACAGUGGCAAACGGAGAGAGACAAACACUCGGGAAGUGCACGUGGGUCCAAUGCUAUGGGAUAUGCCGACAUUCGACAACAUUCGCAACUGGAUUCGGAUCGCCCCCCGGAAGACGGUCUAUCUUGGUCGGACCAGCUGGUGA